UGUACUUCCCGUUUCCUUCACAAUGAAAGCGUUUCAGACCCACGUGCUACCUACCCGACCGUGAAAUAAGAUGUCUGAUUCCAGCUAGCAGAUUCGACGUUCUCCCCAGAAAUAAAUGAAAUAAACAACCUCAUGUCUUCAAUUCUAGGUUCGGACGUUGGCGUGAGAUCCAGAACGGCGGCUGUAUAUUUACAGCUCGGAUGGGCUGAGAUUGAAUAUGGUGAAUCUUUGAAGGCUUUAGCGUGAAGUUAUAAUUAAAUGGUUGUUUUCUCGAGCCUUUACUGCUGACUCACCUCUGAUAUUUCACUGGAUCCAGGAGGGUGAGAGUCACAGCCUGGAACCUAGCUAUGAUCCUGAUCAAGGAUCUUCACAACCAUGGAGCCUGAAAUUCUUGAAGUACAUUGCCUCAUCAAACAAGCAAUCAUUACCCUGUCUUCCUCCAGGGCCAGAGCAGAAAUCAUACACACCUUACAGUCUGUGAAGCAGUACCUAACAGGACCUGAAACUGCCAAUCCCUCUCCACAGAGCAAAGAAUUUGUAAAAACACACUAUUCCCACUUCCUACAAGUCCUGACUAAUAAUCUCAGUGCUGAUUGGCUGCAGUUGCUACCUGUUAACCAGGAAAAAGAAUUAUUGGAUGACUUCUUUCUGAAUGGCCCACCCCAUGAAGCAUUCUUGGUGCUGCUGGACACUAUCACAGCAACAAGACCAAGCUUACGACAGGAGCGAUGUGUGGCAAUUCUGGAGCGGUUCCUGCAGGAGAAUCGGUUGACCCAGCUGAUCUGGGAGAUUUGUCUCGAAUACACCUCGCCUCACAUGUCCAGUCUGCAAGAGACACUGCUGAAUAAAAUCUCUGCUUUGCCAGAUCACAUGGCAAACAAAUUGGAGAAGGACAACACAGCGAUAUUCUACCCCGAGAAUUACUACCCACUGUUAGGACAAGAGAUGGUAUUGGUAUUGGAAAGAAUUUAUGAGCAACUGAAAGGUGGGAUGGACAGUUCUCUCUUCUUCGUGUCUCAGCUUCUGGGGAAGGUCUGCAUGCAAGGACACACUGAUGCCGUUCUACAAGUGUUGGUGCCGAGACUCACUGUUCUUACCCAAUCGGAUUGCUUUUGGCAACGAAUCAGUUGGCGAUUAGUCGAGAAUGUGCCUGAACGUUGGAUGGAGAACGUAGUUUCUGGUUUUGUCCGGUUAUCAGCAGGGCCGAACGUGCUCUCAAGGUUGCUAGGUAGCAUCGUGCUGAAGAACAAGAAGGCCAAUUUUGUUCUAACUCACAAAUUCCUACUCUUGCAGUAUCAGCUGAAGACUUCUGUGCUACAAAGCUUGCUGGGAUAUCUGGCCAAAGAGAAGUCUCAAGGCUGCUUAUUGAUUGAGGUGCUUAAGAAGUUGUUGGAGACCUGGAGUAACAGCAGUGCCCUGAGACACACCCCCAUAGAACAGCAGCUCUAUAUCAGCAAGGCCAUUGUCAUCAUUCUUGCAGAACUCUCAGACUCACAGAUACAGGAACACAAAACAGAGCUUCUCUCUGGGAUGAUGGCUGGGACGGAGUGUCACCUGGACAGCAAUAUAGCCCGUGUUCGCCAGCUGGGGAUGGUUGUUGCAGAAUGUCUCAAUGCAAGGGUGAACUCUGGGGAUCACAGACUCAAGUUCCAGUACACAGAAGAUGAUGAGUUGAGGGAACUAAAGUCACUGUCCACCCCGAGGCUGCUGUCAAGCUGGGAGGCCCCUCCACAGCAGCACAAAGAUGAAAGCUCACAGCUAGAGAGUGGACUGAACUUGGCAGAGACCAAUCUGAAUCCUGUGGACAGUAGACAGCCCAUGCAGGAAGUGCAGGACACAGAGUCUGAGUCUGAACUUGACAGUGAUGACGAACUGGUUCCAUAUGACCUGUCGAUUGAUACUGAGCUGCAAAGGAAUCGGGCCCCAGUCUACAUCAGUGACUGUGUAGAAGUCCUGAUGACAUCUGCAGAUCCAGAACAAAUUGAAAUAACUUUGAAGGUUGUGGAAAACUUGAUUAGAAAAAAUCCAACUGCAAGUAGAGAGAUCAGUGUGCAGUUAACAAAGGUUCUCCUCCACCUUGAGGACAAAUUUAACAUCUCUGGGUUCAUGGGACUGCGACAGAGAGGGUUGGUGGCAAUCACUGUCACUGACACAAUUCCCGUCACUCAGUAUCUUACCACAGAGUUCUACGCUGUGAAUUAUAGCCUGUCUCAACGUCUGGACAUCUUAGAUGUCCUGGCACUGGCUGCUCUGGAGCUAUCCCAGCCUGACAGCAGCCAGACAGCAACAAGUGAGAGCCCCUCCAUUCAGCUGUUGAGGUCAGAAGCUUCUGGUCCACACAAUCCCAGCCAGCAAUGGAAGAAAAUCAUUGAGAAAAGGAUAGAAAACAAGACCCGUCGCUUCACCAGAGGAGCAUCAAGACCAGAACCCAAGGCUGUUCCCAACAGGCUGAGUUCAGUAGCUGGACAUUUCUUCUUUCCUCUGAUCAGAAAUUAUGACAGGCCACAGACACCGUUUGAUUUCCUGGCUGAACAGCCUUUGAUGAUGGGACGUCUAAUUCACACACUGGCAAUUAUAAUGUACUUUUCUGUGAAUGCCAUGGUUGCCAUUCACAUGGGGAAAGCUCUGCUGGAUUUCAUCUGGGCUGUUCGAUAUCACACAGACGCGUAUGUGCGGCAGGGCACACUGUUUGCUGUCUCCUCGGUGUUACUGAGUGUUCCCAGCCACAUCCUCCUGACUGAAGUUCCAGAUGAACUCCUAGAAAUUAGAUCCUGGCUUGCAGAUGUUGCUGAGAAUGAUGCAGAUGAAGGUUGCCGCAGGUCAGCUCUGCAGAGCUUGCUUUUACUCGAAAACUUCAAGAAGAAACUUGGUGUUUCCACAGAAUAAUCUUCAAACAAGGUUCAGAUCCAUCUGUUAACAUUUCUUGAAAUUGCAUCAGGGACACCUCCUUGUAAUCAGGUCACUGCAAGUUGGAGUAGGAGACACUGCCAAAGUCUGGCCUUGAACAGAACACACAUACACAAACCCUGCAUUUUGUAGAAGAUUCAGGAGGAGAAAAUGCCAAUAAUUAAGUGUCCUUAGAGGGUGACCUCCAUGAGAGAAGUCUGAACCAAGAAGAUUUUGUCUUCCAUGUUCACUAGUACUUGUAGAAUAAUUGACUCAAAGGGCUCAGUGGAAUGUAAGGCUGUCAAUGGAAAAGACAAUUAAGGUCUGAAGUUUUGGAUCUUGGGAACUUGUUACUUUUCUGACCUGGAGAUGCAGUCAUCUGUAAUCAUUGAGUCUGAGAACACAUUUAUUUGUCUUGUGAGAAGGUGCCAGUUUUCACUGGUGCACAUUUCUCUCUCUCUCCCUCUCCCAUUGGAGUCUGGGCACCCCUAGUAUCAGCAGCCUGCUCAGCCUCAGCGUGCGCCAUGGCUGUUCCUGAUUCUGAUGACUACAUCUGUACUUCAGGGAGGAAUUGAACAACAAGGAGUGAAAAAACUGUCUAAACUUUCCCUAAACCAGAGACAUCAAGCUAAAUCCUAGUGCAACUAAAAACAACUCUGAGUUGACCUGUAAAUUCCAGGUUUACGUAGAUGAGGAUCACAUCAUAAAGUAUACUUAAUCUGUUACAGCAGUGAACAUCUACCUAAUUUCGAUCACUAGACCAUUUGCCUUUUUCUCUCUCAUCCUUAAUAGUAUUUAUCUGCUAGGGAGGGGACACAGCCAACCUCAGUGCCAAAGCUGGGAAAAUUGGUCAACAAAAAACACCAACACUUCUCACAAUAGAUCAGCUGCAAUCAGGCAUCGAGGACCAGCCUGCUUUCAGAGUUGGGAAAGUAUCUUUUGGUCUGACUGACGCACUCUGGGUUUUCAUUAUUUUCAGAAUAAAUGAUUUUUAUUCUCCCUA